AUGACAUUUGCAGAGGCACUCACUGAAUGCUGCAAGUUCGGCCUCAAACUGUUGAGCGUCGAGACGACCGAGGAGCACAAAUGCAUUUUGGAGACUGUGAAAACCGAGUUACGCUAUUUCUCUGGCUACUGGACUUCUGGCACGAGCGCUGGGUUCGGCUGCGAAUUCACUUGGGGCUGGUGCUCGUCGAGAAAGUUAAUGGAAAAUAUAACGUGGAACGUAAAUGAGCCAAGCGCUCCUGUGUCGGAGAGGUGCCUCGAAAUCAAUACGGCGGCGGGCUUUAACGACCUGCCAUGUGACGCAUCCGUGACCAGGAAGUUUAUUUGCGAGGCUAAUUUCAAUGAUGCUUUCGAAUUUUGCUGUAGCAUCGGAAUGAGUUUAGUUUCAAUUGAGACGGCAGCAGAGAUGCAAGUUUUAGUCCAGAUUGCUAGAAACAUAAGCAAUGCUACACUUGACUUAUAUACAAGCGGGACUCAACUUGAUUGUGAGUAUCACUUUAAGUGGUGUGGCUCUGGGGAGCGAUUCUACAGGAACGACACGAGAUGGCUUGCAAACCAACCAAACUACGUAAAUGGUAUCCAGAACUGUGCACGACUGGUCAUUACAGCAACAAAAGCAGUCUUUAACGACCUAGACUGCGCUGCAUUGCUUCCGUUUUUCUGUGAGGCACCAGCGGAACCGACAUGCUCAGCAGUUGCUUGUCGAGAUGACGAGUGCAAUGUGGAUCCAAUGAAAUACGUUCAAUCAAUUGCUUGGAAAGAUGCUCCAAAUGGAAUAUUUAGAAGUAUUUGCGGCAAGCAGUAUUACUUCCAAAAUGUUGUUUAUUCACAAAGGGAAGCUAAAGCAAGAUGCUGUGAAAUGGGAAUGCAGUUGCUUUCGUUGGAGACAAUCGAAGAAUUCAAUUGCUUCAAAAACAAUCCGUUUGGGUUCAGUGCAGUGCAUCAGUUGUGGACAUCUGGUACAGCAGACGGAAUCGGCUGCGAAAAUAUUUGGGGCUGGUGCAAUUCCCGUCAGAAUUUCUCGAUCGGAAGUCCAUGGAAACCAGGGCAGCCAAGCGGACUUCUGCUGGAAAAAUGCGUCUAUGUGGAGUUUGGGUUGAACACCGUGCCCUCAUUACGUGCUUUUGAUUGCAAUAACCGUUUGUGGUACAUUUGCGAGGGCGAUGUUCCUGAAUGCAGACCUCAGUGCCCUAUUAAAACCUGCAGCAAGAAUGCCAGUUUGUUUGACAGCGGUGGCAAGAUAAUUACGCAGAGUCAAUACGGGGAAUGGAGGGAUGUUUGCGGUCGGCGCUACUUGUUCAGUUCUGAUACAAACAACUACUACGGUGCAUUUUCUCUUUGCUGCUCUUUAGGAAUGCAGUUGCUGACUUUGGAAACGAACGAAGAGCUCGCCUGCUUGACGAAACUCAAUGACGGAGACAUGAAAUACUCAGGAUAUUUCUAUUCGAGUGCUAGUUCUCAAGACUGCAGAUCAGUUUUUCAGUUUUGUCCAGAUACUGGGAUUUAUGUCUACUCCAAUGACACUCGAUGGAAUUCUGGGAAUCCAAGCGGGGUCGAAGUAUCAUUGCUCCUGAACUUUAUACCUGGAUCACCGACCGGCUUUGCAGACCAUGUGUUUACCGUUCUAACGCGGUACAUUUGCGAGGGAGCAAUCAUUUGAAGCUCUUUCUGUGGGAUUAAGGUUCAUUUGGCGUUUGAAACAUUUAUUGCAAAAUAAAUAAACUAAUGAA